CUUUGGUUGUACCGAACUGAACUCUUUAGUCACGCCGGACUGAUACUCUUUAGUCAUGCCGAACUGAUACUCUGUCUUGGGCUUUACUGCUGUUGGGCUUGUUUAGUACGUACUCCAUCAGACAACGAGGAUAAGAGCGGGUGGAGCAAGGUUGAUUUCGGGCUGCUGGGGACGUCUAGGGGGCGGGAGGAUUCCCCGGGCGGCGGCCAGUGUAGGUUUGAACAAGGAGGAGGUGCGGAGGAGUGAGAGCGAGGGAGGAGGGAGAAGAGGAGAGAGGAGAGAUAGAGUGAGGCGACUGAGGAAGAAAACGACUAGUGAGAGGACUAUGGUGGAAGAAAGGGGUACUUCUUCUCCGGCCGCCGGCGGAGUUGGGCAUGGGAGUCCUUUUCCGGGGCGGGAAGCCCUGUUGAAGAAGCUUCUCAAUCCAGAAUAAUAAUCUUUUUUAUUUAUUCAGGCAUAAUCCAUAUUUAUUCAGAUACGUAUUUCACGAUAUUCUUAUACUACAACUUUUGAAAAUUCUAUUAUUCCAAAGCAAUACACUAGUAACUUUUUAAUCCCCACUUUUAAUAAUAUAAAUUUUAUUUUCUUUAUAAAUUUAAUACUAUGAAAUUAUUUAAAAAUAUUUUAAAAAAUUACUCUUCUUCCAAAAUCUUUUCAUUUUUUUCAUUAAUCACAAGAACAAAAAUUGAUCUUUUCAUUUUCUCAUCUUUAUUACCUUAAUUAUUUAUUUUCUAAAACUUUUUCACUUCCAACUCAAAUAUUCUAAAAACAAAAAAAACUUUUUAGUUUAUAAUUUUGUUAAAAUAGUCAUAACGACAUUUUUGUUAUUAUCUCUAAAACUCUUGUUUUGUGUAACUCAUUAUGUUAAUUACAACUAUUUUAAUUAAUUGCUAAUUACAAUUAUUUUAAGGCCGAUUUUAGAGAUCUAAUGUUCUAUAAAUUGUCAUGUGUAAUUUAUUUUCAUUUUUUAAUAUUAAAAAUAUAUGAAUAACUAUCAAAAGUUAGGAUUUUGAAUAAGAUAUAAAUACAGUAAUAGUAUAAUAUAUCAAUAUAAUACAUUGAGUAUGCCAACACAAUUUAAUGUUGUCAUUCUACAUACAUUAUGACAGAUAUGUUGAUAUUUAACUGUUUGUCGAAGAAAUCCAAAAUUCAUAAAAAAAAUUCAAAUUUUGACAUCUAAACAUGUGCCGUUGAGAUUUCAUUAGAAUCCUUAUUUAAAAAUUUUGAUAUAUGUUUUGUGAAAAAAUCAUUUAAAUUAAGAUAGUUAUAUGAAUUUAAAGUUUUGUGAUUUUUUUAAAAGUUAGUUAUAACAAAUUUAUUGUUAUUAAAUAAUAUUAAUGUCAUAAUUCACAUUUUUUUGGACUAUAUUGAUACAACUCCCUCCAUCUUGAACUCGAGACCUCCAGGAUGGAGGCGGUAUCCAACACCCUUUACCGCUAGGCCAAGGGGCUUGGAUUGUGAAAAAAUCAUUUAAAUUAAGAUAGUUAUAUGAAUUUAACAUGACACGUUUUACUUUUAAAUUUGUCCCAACUAUGAUGAAACAUUUCAUUUUUUGGAAGCUUUCUCUCUUCAAUUAAUACACUCAACCAUUUUUUUCUCACUCAUAUUAAAAUAUUCAUCUUUCUAUCUCUCUAUUUUAAUACUUAUACCCCACUUUUAUCUAUCAAAUUAAACACUUUAACCAAUAGCUUCUAAAAUCUCGUGCGGCUAAUAAAUGUGUCAUUUUAGCCGGGACAGAGGGAGCAGUACAUUUGGUGGGUAGAAAAGCACACCUUUAAGAACUAUCCCAUCUUUCAUUAUUCAUAUAAAAAUAAAUCAUACACCUAGUAAAUGUGGAGUGGGGUUUCCAAACAAGUGAGCUGGUUUUGUCACCGCUUCACAGAUACUGCACGCCUUCUUCAUAUCUCUCCGCCCACAAGUUAUAUAUGCAGCAGGAUCAACUAGCAUUGCAUGCUGUGGUGAAUGGCAGAAGAGAGCAACAAAGCCUUGUUACUUUCAGUUGAUUGUCCUAGUGCAAGGCUUCCCGAUCAUCUGCUGAUCGAAAUCUUUAUUCGUGUACCCAUGGUGGAGUGGGGACACCUCGCCUGUGUUAAUAAAUACUGGGCUGAUUUGUUUAGGCAGGAUUGCUUGUGGCACGCUGCUCUUAUUAGGUGUUUCCCUAUGGCUGGUCAUAGUGAAAGGUGGCCUGGCCCUAUUCCUCGUGGGAUGAGCAAGAGGAGGUUUAUUGCUCUGUGUAUGAGUAAAUGUAUCUUUCCACUUGGUGAUGAGCUAAGUGAGAUUGUAGGUCAUUCAUACUUGUUUCUGAAAGAGCAGCUCGAAAUUUCAACUUUGCCUCCUUCACCAGUUAUACUUCAUGGAACUAUAAUAGAUCAGUUUAUUGCCUGUGGCAAAUCAAGGGACAGAGCUCAUGAGCUUGCUUCAGUUAUUUGGUUGGCUGUCAUUGACAACUUGGAGGAGAAUCAUCAGACGUUUCAUUUGCUUAAACGUCUUGCACUUGAGGGCGAUUGUGAUGUGAAUUUGGUUCAGCAGGUGUUUCUGCCAUAUCCAUACUCAAGAUCCUUCAAAGUUGAGUGGAAGAUAUUAGACAGACUUUUCACGGAUUUUCGCGACUGCUUAGCUGAUGCAGAUUACUAUGAUUUAUUGGCUUGUGCAAAACAGAAGUUUCAGCCAAUACCACCAACCUGGCUGGGAUAUUAACACCUCUCUUAUUUUCUAAAUUUCCAUCUCUGAAGUCGCCCAUUGAAAUCAAUCCCAGAUCUCAAUUAAGCUAAUUUUAGACCAUUCAUGGCCUGAGAACCUGUAUAUGAUGUAAAUAUGAGAGAUUGUAAUUUUAGACCAUGAAAAGUGGAGGCAAAGGUUUGUGAAUGAUGAAUAGAUCAUAGAUGAAUGGAUUAUGUAUAUGUCCAAUUGUGGUAAUACUAAUAUAAAGGUGAGAGUAGUAAUAAAA